AUGAUUAUGGAAACUCGCAGCCUUUUUCUUGUAUCUUUUUUGCUUCUCCCUCUCCUUCUACCUACAACUUCAGCUCAACUCCGCAGCGACUUCUACAAAAACACAUGCCCUAAUGUUGAAUCUUUGGUGCGAUCAGCUGUCGCAACGAAGUUCCAGCAGACAUUUGUGACUGUUCCAGCCACUCUUCGGCUCUUUUUCCAUGAUUGCUUUGUCCGGGGUUGUGAUGCUUCAGUGCUGAUUUCUUCACCAAGUAAUAAAGCAGAGAAGGAUCAUCCUGAUGACAUUUCUCUUGCCGGUGAUGGAUUUGACACUGUAAUCAAAGCUAAAGCAGCUGUUGAUAGUAAUCCUCAGUGCAGAAACAAAGUUUCCUGUGCUGAUAUUCUUGCUCUUGCCACUAGAGAUGUUGUUGUAUUGGCAGGGGGUCCAUCAUACACAGUUGAAUUGGGGAGGCGUGAUGGGAGGAUAUCUACCAUUGCUAGUGUUCAAAACCAACUUCCUCAUCCUACUUUCAAUUUAGACCAGCUCAAUUCCAUGUUUAGCUUACAUGGUCUUUCCCAGACAGAUAUGAUUGCAUUAUCAGGUGCACACACACUUGGGUUCUCUCAUUGUGGCAAGUUCUCCAAACGGAUUUACGGAUUCAGCCCUCAAAACCGGAUCGACCCGACACUAAAUUUGGGUUAUGCUCUCCAGCUUAGACAGAUGUGUCCAAUAAACGUUGAUCCGAGAAUAGCCAUCAAUAUGGACCCGACCACACCCCGGACGUUUGAUAAUGCCUACUACAGAAACCUUCAGCAAGGAAAGGGCCUCUUCACCUCUGAUCAGGUGCUGUUUACAGAUACAAGAUCCAGGCCAACGGUCAACUUAUUUGCAUCAAACAAUGGAGCUUUUGGACAAGCCUUUGUGAGUGCUAUUACCAAACUAGGCCGAGUCGGGGUCAAGACUGGAAAUCAAGGCGAGAUUCGGUUCGACUGCACGAGGGCGAACUAG